CAUUCAGGGAAAUUACGAGUUCAAAGUCAUAAAGAAGCAGCAAUGGCACCAACCCAAACAGAAGGACCACGCAAACAGGACGACAAGGACAAACUGGAAGAUGAGGUUCGACUGCGCCACUUCACGGAGGAGGUCCUCGAUUCACGACAGGAAGAGCUGGAGGUACAGGAGAGGGAGAACUCGGUCCUAUCGAGGAAGCUGGAAUCUCUACAACAGGAACUGAAAGAAGCCCAGAGGCAGCUCGCACUGGCUCGCAGCCAGUCCACCAAAAAGAACAAGGCGGCCGAGGGAUCCAAGGACCAGAAUACUCGCCCAGCUCCCCGGAGGAAAGACAUUACGGAGGCCGAAGCACAGGAAGCCUACAGAGUCCUAUGCGACAAUGUCCAGCGCUGGGUCGAGCAACGCAUACGGCCUGUUCUGGACGAUCUAGCCAGCGGCCACUUCCGAUGUCAGCCCAGCCCGUCUCAGUCAACAAGAUUCGUAUCACUGUUGAGGGAGCCGGCGACAAGUUGCCUAAAUGUGUGGCAUUCCGAUGAAUACCACUUUAUGGCACUCAUUAUGCAGUACCUCUGGCUGGUGUUCUUUUCCAGGUCCUUUUAUUGCCCCUUGGAUGACGGCGACGGCGAGACUACCGCUGCAUGGCUUGAUGACCUCGAGAGUGCGAUAGCAAAACUACCCCGAGCUCUCAAGAACGCCUCGUACCUCUUCGACAUUGCCCCGGGUCUCUUUGUGGAGACAGUUAGUGGAGCAAAGAAGUCUGCGGUAAAGGUCGUCUGCAGGCCAAAAGUAUUGGUCUACGGAGGAGAAAAAGGCGGUGAUAUCCCCCAACAGGCCAUGACAUUAGCAAGGCUCUUGUGGGAUUAUGCGAAUGGAUCAAAAGCACGAUCCUCCCUCCCAUUGCGAAAUGGACCGCCCAAAAGUAAGCCCCUUGUUCUGAGGCGGCAUCGCUCAAAGCUCUGA